CUUUUACCUCCUUUUACCUCGGGCUUUCGACUGACACUGAAUGGCACAGGAGCAUGUGUCUAUCCCUCAGGAUGAGUUUCUCAACCUCCAACACAGUGUCACGACUAUGCUCCAUGCACUCGACGACGCCAUUAUCACGCAUCUGACCCCGGCUGGCAACCACUCAAGUUUACAAGCCAUUCGAUUCCGACAUCGAGUUCUGUGCGACCGCACGGCAUGGGUGUUGCUCCACAGCAUUGCAGAUUACUCGGAAGUGCUGCCCAUCCACCGGGAAAUGGCACUGCGCUUGUUUGCGGAUGCCGAGGAGAAUCAUGCCAUCAUUCCCCCAGACGAGCUUGCGAACCUCCGUGCAAGUCUCACCAGCGUUGUCAAUAGCAUCGACAGCACCACGGAGAAUCUCACCCGUUCGAAUACCCUUGUCGAUAACAUCCGCUCAGCAUAUUUUGUGCUGUGUGAUCGGGUUACGACAGCGGCUCAGACCCAAGUUGGGGAUGCAGACAGGUUGAUGCAACAGAGGGAGGAGGUAUUGCGGUUUUUGGCUGAGGUGGAACCUCACUGCACGCUCUUUCGCCCUGUGGAGUUCAACGAUCUCCGGCUUGGCGUCUCAAAUAUGGUUGAGGUCCUUGAUGAAGCGGUGCACCGCUCGUCUGAUCCGCCAGCAGGCCCGCCCAUAGUCAUUGCUGAGCGUGUGCGGACUGGACGCCGGGGGCGCCCACGCGUAGAGAUCAACCCCUCAUUCCUUGAGACUGGCUUACAGAUGCGGGGACCUCUGGGCUUGGCGCCUGUCUUCAGCUGUUCAAGUCGCACUGUCCGUCGACGUGCCCUUGAACACAAUCUCGUCGAACCUGGAGCACCUGUCAUUCAGCAGGUCACAGAUGCAUCCGGGACUGUCACCCGCACUCAUACAUCAACCACGCCACCUGUCUCUACGCUAUCUGAUGGCGAACUUGACACUGUAGUCAGUUCCAUCCUCGCCGUGUUCCCCAACUUUGGGCGUCGCAUGCUGGCUGGCUGUUUGCGUUCUCAGGGCCACCGUGUUCCUCGUACGCGCCUCUUAGCGGCCUAUGUCCGGCUCAUUCGAUGGAAAUUGGUCGUUCAUUGCUUCAUUGACGGCUGGUCCCGGUACAUUGUCGGCAUCCGCGUACAUAACAACAAUCGGGCCGAGACAGUGUUGCUUCUCUUCCACCAUGCACGCGCUGAUUGUGGAGAUCCCAGUCGCGUACAUCUGGAGCUCACAAUUACCUAUCUAUCCAGGAGCGUCCACAACACUCGUGUCGAGCGCUUAUGGUACGACUUCACCCGUGGCGUAGGCCAGAAGUGGAAGAACUUCUUCCUUCAGCUUGAGCACAACGCAGGUCUCCAU